ACAGAGGAUUUUUAUAGACCAGUUUAUGCUGUAAUUUAUUGACAGUGACGUAAUAAAACUGGAACAAGGAAUAGGGGAUAAGCUGUCGUCAUUUGUUUACAAUGCAUCCGUGGCUUUGGGUUGUAUCACCAUGUCCAUGAUGAAAGGCUGGAAAUUGGCCUUAUUGUGUCUCACGCCUGCGCCUCUUACAUUCCUAUUGGUGGGAUUGACAGGCCGAAUAGCUAAUAGUUUGUAUAAGAGACAAUCUCUCGCUAAAAGUGAAGCUAGUGCCGUGGCUGAAGAAGCUAUCAGCUCAAUUAGAACUGUGUACGCAUUUAAUGGACAGCAAAGGGAAAUAGAGAGAUACAGAAAGUGUCUUAUUAAAGCACGAAACAUACAUAUUCAAAAGGAGUGUUUUACUGGCUUAUCAAUGGGAUUUUUAUUUUUUUGCAUAUUCAGCUCAUAUGCAUUAUCAUUUUACUUCGGAAUAUACCUUGUUAUAAAAGAACCACAGAAUUACAAUGCUGAUGUUAUGUUUUCUGUAUUUUUUGGAGUUAUGACAGCAUUAGGUAAUUUGGGGAUGGUCGGUUCUCUUAUGAACACAUUUGGGUCGGCAAGGGGAGCUGGAGCGCAAAUAUUCCAAACGAUCGAUACUAGACCGACAAUCAACCCUUUACUGGAUUGCGGAAUCAAGCCUAAAAACUUUGAAGCUCACUUGGAGUUGAGAAACGUCGUGUUCCAGUAUCCUUCGAGGCCGGAUGUUCCUGUAUUAAAAGGUGUUAGUCUCACAGUACAGCGAGGUCAGUCGGCUGCGUUGGUGGGUCCCUCUGGUUGCGGAAAAUCUUCUAUAAUUCAGCUUAUAUCAAGAUAUUAUGAUACCAUCGAAGGAUCCGUGCUUUUGGACGGACACGAUGUAAAGGAUUUCUCUGUGCGAUGGCUACGAGCCCAGAUUGGCUUGGUGUGGCAGGAACCAGUGCUCUUUAGUGCUACUAUCCGUAAUAACAUACGUUAUGGACGCGAAGAAGCUUCCGAUGAAGAUAUUGAAAAUGCCGCUAAACAGGCUUACGCACAUGAAUUUAUCACGAAAUUGCCCAAUGGCUAUGACACAUAUGUCGGCGAGCGCGGCGCGUCGCUGUCCGGCGGGCAGAAGCAGCGCAUCGCGAUCGCGCGCGCGCUCGUGCGCAACCCCCACAUUCUGCUGCUGGACGAAGCGACCAGCGCACUCGACACCUCCUCUGAGGCCAAAGUGCAACGAGCCCUCGAUAAGGCCACCGAGGGUCGAACGACGUUAAUAAUAGCGCAUCGUUUGUCAACAAUACGCAAUGUGGAUAUUAUAUACGUGUUGCAUGAAGGCGAAGUUGUCGAAUCUGGAAAUCAUACACAACUUCUAAAUUUAAAGGGGUAUUAUUAUAAAAUGUAUCAACAUGCUAAUCAAAACAGGGAUAAUCUUCGAGUUAUGAGUGAUGAUAAUUUUAUAAAUCGGCAAGUAUCCCAGAUUUCGGAACACGAUGGUAACAAGUUUGAUUCAAUACUCGUAGAAAAAGAAGAGGAACGCAAAGCACCACCCCUCUCUUUCUGGCGUGUGGUAACACUUAACGCCCCGGAAUGGAAGUUGGUUACGUUAGGCUGUUUGUGCUCUAUUGUCAGCGGUUUCUCUAUACCCUUAUUCAUUGUCCUUUUUGGUGAUCUCUUUGGUGCCAUGUCGAAUACAAAUCCAAAGGAACUGAUGAAUAAAGUAGAAAAAAUAUCUCUUUCCUGUAUAUUGAUUGGCUGUGCCAUUGGACUUGCUAAUUUGAUUGAGACCAUUUCAUUCGGUGCUGCAGGAGCAUAUCUAACUGAGAGACUUAGGUUAAAAAUGUUUACACAUUUAUUACAUCAACAUGUGGGCUAUUUCGAUGAUCGUGCGCAUUCAACUGGUGCGUUAUGCGCGCGACUUUCUUCAGAGGCUGCUUAUGUGCAAGGGGCGACCGGCCAGCAAGUGGGCAUAAUAUUGCAAGGUAUGGGUUCCGUAGGGCUGGCAUUUUUUUUGGCGAUGUGGUUUGAAUGGCGAGUGGGUUUAGUCGUGCUGUGCUUCACACCAGUCAUUGCAUUUGUCAUUUGGCAGCAGAGCAAGGCCACAGAUAAGGAAUCCACCGGAUAUGCAACGGCGCUUGAAGCUAGCACAAAGGUGGCAGUCGAAGCGGUAUCCAAUAUUCGAACAGUGGCAGCCCUAGGUCAAGAGGCGAGUAUCGUAGCGCAGUACAGUGAGUUGCUCGAGCCCGCGGUGCGUGCGGCGAGUCGCGCGGCGCACUGGCGUGGCCUCGUCACGGGACUAUCACGGUCCAUGUUCAACUUCGUGAACGCCGCUGCACUCACGUAUGGUGGACAUCUCAUCGUGACAGACGGCAUCGCGUGCGAAGAUGUUCUCGUUACAACCCAGUCGUUACAAAUGGCGUCUAAUCAGGCACAGAAUGCUUUUACUUAUGCACCAGAUUUCCAAAGAGGCGUGAGAGCAGCCUCUAGAAUUAUAGACCUGCUCAAUACAAAACCUAAGGUCUUGGAUCCAAACGUCCCAGCUAUAGACCAUUUUGAAGCCUGUGGGGAAGCUACGUUUAAAAAUGUGGACUUUAAAUAUCCGACCCGACCAACUGUAAAUGUACUGCAAGGACUCGAUUUUCAGAUAGAGUGUGGUAAGACCGUAGCAAUUGUUGGAAAAAGUGGAUGUGGAAAAAGUACCAUCAUACAACUGUUGAUGAGAUACUAUGAUCCUGAUCAGGGAUGCAUUAUGUUAGAUGGAACACCGCUACCGCAGUUGCGUAUGGACCAAAUUAGAGAUUGCAUUGGGCUUGUGUCUCAAGAACCAACUCUGUUUGACCGCUCUAUAAGAGACAAUAUAGCGUAUGGCGCAAUUUCCAAGAACAUCAGCCAGCAAGAGAUUGUGGACGCCGCACGAAUGGCCAAUAUUCACGAAUUUAUUAUAUCUUUGCCGAAGGGAUAUGAAACACAAAUAGGAUCCAAAGGCAUUCAAUUGUCCGGGGGUCAGAAGCAAAGGGUUGCCAUAGCUCGAGCGCUUAUACGCCAUCCGAAGAUACUACUUUUGGAUGAAGCUACUAGCGCUCUGGACACGGAGAGCGAAAAGGUGGUACAAGAAGCGUUGGACGCGGCGAAGGCGGGGCGCACGUGCGUGAUGAUCGCCCACCGGCUGAGCACCGUGCGCGACGCCGACCGCAUCUGCGUGCUGCACGCCGGCCGCGUCGCUGAGGGCGGCUCACACGACCACCUGCUCGCGCUCAAGGGUCUCUACUUCGAUAUGAUGCGCAAAUAA